GCCGCGCCCUGCCGCGCCCUACCCACCCUACUGCAUGUCCAAGGUCAGGCUCAUUAUGUGCCACACGAGCCGCCUCUCUAGGAACACCCGUCUUCCACCCUCGUCGUAUAUAUCACACAUCCUUCCCCCUAGCGUCCUUCACCCCGUAACCACUGCCCUUUCAAGUCUGAUUGCUAUCUUGCCGGAAAUCCAUUCCUUUCAAAGCGUCUCCCUUACAGUACUACGUAGCUGGCCUCCUCUCUCACCUCAUCCUCAUAGCCCAACAUGUCUUUCUCCUACCAGUUGCAAAUGAUCAACCAGUCCUUUGAACGAAUCGCAUCAUGGUACCAUGAGUUCAUGCGAAGAACAGAACUGUGCUUCCGGAAGAUGAAUGAGCGUAUACUCCGACUCGAGCAGAAGCAGCUCACCCAUGGCCCUACAGACGAGCAGGUUGAGCGCGUGCUGCGCAAGAUCCUGGCUGAGAGAUUCGCUCCCCUCGACAUGCCCCAAGUCAAGUUGGCCGACCAUACCCAGAGCGUUGGCUGGUUCGUUCAAGACCCCAACGAGCACUUGUAUCCGAGACCAAUCAAGAUAGACGUCGCUUCCCUUCUCGUUUCGCCAGAAUCCGUCCCAUCGCGCGCCUAUGCAGAGACUUUUCAGAUGCUCGAGGACGAUGUCAACGACUACCCUGGCGAAGACUUGCUCAUGGAUGAGGAGGAGGACCAAAAAAUAUAUCUUGGCCAUCUCAGUAGUCGCCCUUCUCACAGAGUUUAGCCAGCACAUGUGUCUUCAACUCACACCCACCCUGCGCAUCGUCGACAACUCACUCACUCGACCCCUCCCACCUACCACUUGGACCUCUGUCACCAGUAAUACGGCCCCGACUCCUCACCUUGCGUCUGCCCUACAUCACA